ACAUUGGGUCGCAUUUUACGGUUAUCGAAAUUUUCCAAUCCAUGAACUAUGACUCUUACACUAGUGUGUAGAAAGUAAUGAGUUCAAGAGCCUUAAAGAGAUUAGAGAAACAGAGACUCGAAGCGUCGGCGUCCAACUCGCCCGUUCCAGAGGAAGUGGAAGAGAUAGACGAACCAAUUGUGGCUAAGCCUAAAUUUAAUGCGUUUGCUCUAUUAAAUGAUGAUGAUGAUGAUGAUGAUCUGGAGGAAGAGCCAGAACAAGAAGAAAUAGAAGAAGAAGAAAAGAAACCCCAACCAGUAGUAAUAGAAGGUGAAAAAGAUAAAGAAGAAGACUUCUCGGAUGAAUUUAUAGAGCCAUCACCUUCACCCCAACCCAGUACAACUAAGAAGAAAUCCAAGUCGAAAAAGAAGAAGAAUAAGAAGAAAGCCCAGAAUAAGGAAAAAGACAAACAAGAAGAGGAAGAUCAUGAUGAUAUUGAUAAAAUAUUGGCUGAAUUAUCUGUCAAAGAUAAGAAGAUACAUAUUGAUGAAGAUCAAGAAGAUAUGUUUGAUUUUGAAGCAGAAUUAGACUUAGAAUCAGAUGCUUCACCAAUAGGCUUUUAUGAUUCAAAUUUCAAAUAUUUUACUUCAUCUAAGUUAAAGGCAUCAUUACCAUUAUUAUCGAUUAAAAAUAUUAAGAAUUUAGAUGCCGAUGAAGAGUUUAAGACUUUGUUUGGGAAUUUAUCUAAUGAAACAAUUGAAGACGCCAAUAGUACAACUGCAUUAGCAAUAUCUCCUGAAGUAUUACAACAAUUUAGAAAGAUUGCUAAACUUACUAGAGGAUGGGGUGGUAAUGAUCGUCGUAAUGUUCCAGGAACUAGUCGUAAAUUAUUAAUUUCGAAGAUUAGAGAUGAUUAUUUACCAACUGCUCAAAAGCCCAUGAGUAUGGAAGAAAUCAAUGAAUUGGAUUUAAAUGAAUAUUUACAAUAUAAAGAAGAUUCUGCUGAAGAUGAAGAGUUACAAUUUAAAAUUAAACGAGAAUUUGAACUUGGAGUAAGAUACUUUAGGUUUUCAAAAAUUAAUACAGUUAAUGAAAGAGUUGCCAAUACUAAGUUUUAUGCUUCUGUUGUAUUAACUCCUGAUCAUGAAUCUUUAAUGCAAUUAUUACAACAAUAUCCUUAUCAUGCUGAAACAUUACUUCAAGUAGCAAUGGUAUUGUUACGUCAAGGGGAACAUAAAUCAACCAGUAAUGCACUUAUUGAAAAGGCGUUAUUUGUUUUUGAUAGAUCAUUUCAAAAAAGAUUUCAUGAAUUACUUUCAGGUGGUAAUUCUGAAUUAAUAAGAUUACCAUUUGAAGGUUUCUUAAAUCGUCAAUUUUAUAUUUGUUUAUUCAGAUAUAUUUCUGCUUUAGGAGAAAGAUCAGCAUAUUUUACGGCAUUAUCAUAUUGUAAAUUCUUAUUAGCAUUAUCACCAGCAGAAGAUCCUUUAGGAGUAAGAUAUUUUAUAGAUCAUUAUGCUAUUUUAAGUGAAGAGUAUAAAUAUUUAAUUUCUUUAAGUUCUUCUCCAUUAUGUUGUACAUAUAUUCAAUGGUUAACUCCAGGAAUUGCUUAUUCUACAGUAUUAGCUUAUUUAUAUUUAAAUGAUGAAUCUAAGGCAAUUGAACAAUUAAAAUUGGCAUAUCAUAGAUUUCCCUAUACUGCUUAUAAAUUAGUAGAAUUAAUUGGAUUAUCAGAUCCAUUGCCAAUUCAAGAAUCAGAUAUUUCAAUUACAGUUGAAGAUAAAAUUACUGCAGAAACUUAUUUAGUAAGAUUUCCCUUAUUAUGGAAUGAUCCUCAUAAGAAAUUAUUUUUACAAGAACAACUUGUUAAAUUAUUUAUUAAUGAUCCAAUUAAGAAACUGAAAUCUAAGGGAGUCGCACAAUCAAUUUAUUCUUUAUUAGGAUUUAAAAAUUCUCAAGAUGAUACCAAGGAUAUACCAUUUAAUUUAAUUAGAUUUGUUAUCCUUUCAGGAGAGAAUAAAUUAAUGGCUAAAUUACCAGAAGUCGUGUGGUCGAGAGAUGAUAUUUUAGAAUAUGAUAUUUUACCUCCACAAAGAAAUACAAAAAUAAAUUAUGAUGAACAUCGAGGUAUAAUGGAUAUACAACGACCAAUUGUUGAUUCAUUAAUAGAUUAUGUUGAUCAAAAUUUAUUAGGAGCUAUAGUUCAAAAUCAUAGUAGUACAGAAAAUGAAUUUGAUCGAUUAUUACAACAAUUUCAACAACAGUUGGAAGAACGAGCACCACCAGAAAUUCAAGAUUAAUUAUUAUUAGUAUAAAUAUAUAUAUAUAUAUAUAUAUAUA